AUGCCUCAAGUUCCCAGCACUCGGGCGGCAUCACGUCUGACGACGCUCCUGCUAACUCUGUCGGUGGUCGCUGCAGCCUCCUACCAACUCGUGUCGGCUCACGCAGCGCUACGCGGCGACGAUCACGCUGAAGACGAUGGCAACUUCGUUGCUCGCCGACUCAACUCCUCCCCCACCGACGAGGACAAGGCCGUGCCGUUCAACUCGUGGGACAACACCAUCGACACGCUGCAAUACGGACUCGCGUUCAUCCUCGUGCUCUUUGCCGCCCACCCGCUCGGACUCUUCUUCCCCAAGUGUUUCAAGCUCCCUCUCAUCACGGGUUAUUUGGUCAUCGGUAUCAUCGCCGGUCCGUUCGUCGCCAACCUGCUGACGGAAGAUAUCGUGACAAUGCUCUCCAACUACGUGAGUGCUCUGGCGUUGUCGUUCAUCUCGUUCCAGGCCGGUCAGGAGAUCUACCUACCGGAGCUCCGGCCGCAACUCAAGUCCAUCAUGAUUCUUCUGGGCGUUCUCUACGUGACGGCUAUGAUCAUCCUAACCUCUGCAAUUCUGGUGGCGGAGAGCGCCUUCUUCUACGAUGACAUGGGAUUCCUAUGCCAGUUGGGUAUCGCGCUCAUGUUCGGGUCCAUCUCGGUACUCGGCUCGCCUGCGACCGUGAUGGCCAUCAAGAUCGAGCUCAACAGUGUGGGUCCGUUCACGAGUCUGAUGCUUGGCGCGACGAUGACGGCGGAGUUCGUGGUGCUGGUGUCGUUCUCGAUCUCGCGUAUCGUGUGCUCCAUUUACUGCGCCAAGCUGGACGUGUCGAUACUCAACCUGGCUUACACUAUGGGCGUCGUGUUGGCCAAUAUCGUGGUUGGCGUGAUCCUGGCCGGCGUCAUUAUCCUGAUUUUCAAGAUACCCGGCGGACAGCCUCACCACGAUGAGCACCAUGACGUUGGGAUCUCGAGACCGAGUAUGAUUUCGCACUUCGACGAGAGGAUUAGCCACAAGAUGGCCUCAGUGGAUCGAGACUCGGCACCGCAUCCGCACAACGCUUACAACGACGGAUCGGACGCGGUGAAGCCCUCCUCGUGCUGGUCUAGCAACGUGUCGUUAUCACUUAAGGGCCUCAUUUGGUUGACGAUGGGGUACGUGUUUUACAUUUCCACCACCACCCUCGCGGAAUUGACCGCCGCCGCAUACGGUCUGUCAUGGGAGAUCAAGUUCGAGCCGCUGCUCGUGCUCAUGAUUGCGUCCUGCAUUGCUGGGCACAACUCGGCAAUUCGUCACGACAUGCAUGUGAUCCUCGACACGGUGGCGCCGUACAUGUUCUUGCCGUUCUUCGUCAUGACGGGCGCGGCGUUAAAGCUGGACCAAGUGCUGGCUGCUAUCCCCUUGAUGAGUCUGUACGUGAUUCUGCGCUACGUGGCGAUCUUCAUCGCCUGCUACUUUGGUGGACGCUUCCUGCUCAAGCUUACCCCGAUGCAGUACAACAACUUGUGGCUGACCAUGACGCCGCAGGCUGGUGUGGCGCUAGGUUUGGCCAACGAGGUGAAGGCGAUGAGCAGUGAAUCGUGGGCUGCCGAGUUUUCGGCGACGAUCGUGGCUGCCGUGGUGGUGAACCAGAUCAUUGGUCCUGUGCUUUGUGCGAUGGGCUUGAGCCGAGCGGGUGAAACGCUACAGGACCGUUUUGAUGCCAGUCGACGGAUGUCAGGGGCGUCGGUGACCAUGGGCAACGGAGACCCUCGAUCGCUGCUGCCGUUCUACAAGGUGCAAAACGCCGUUGUGAUCGGCGACGACGAAGCUGCCUUUGAGAUCGCGCUCAACUUGUCGCUCUACGGAGCGCAGGUCAACGUGCCUCUGCUGGACGAGGAGCGCACCAGCAAGUGGAAGAAGAUGAACGAGACCAUUCUCUCGCGUACCGCCAAGGGCGACCUCAUCUCGUACAAGAACACCCUCAAGGACCGUGACAACGCGCAGGCCAUGUCGUCGGCCGACGUCCUCAUCUUCACGGGUGACGCCAACCGCACUCGGGAGAACGUGCAUCUACUCAAGUCGCUGUUGGGCGCGUCUCACCCGCGUAUGAUCGCAUUCGUGCCCGAUUGCAAGUUCAGCAAGGAGAUGAAGGCACAGGGAGUGCUGGUUAUCCAGCCGUCGAUAGCCCUGGCCAACAUUGCAACGCGUAUGGCGUUGCUGGACCAGAAGCUAGCCGAGGCCUUGUCCAACGAGAUCAGUACGACGAGCGACUUCAACACGGCUUCGUACUUCUUGCGCGCUGAUGGUGGAGAGCGUGGCUCGUUGUCGGAGAUGCGUCUGGAGGGCCGGCGUCUGGCCCUUGGUCGAAGCGUGGUGAAUCACCACUCGGUGGAUUACGAUCGCCUUGCGGAGGUGUUGGCCGCGGAGAACUUGCCGAUGCCUCCUCCGCCGUCGCGUGUGGCCAUGUUCGGUACAUCUGGCGCCACAUUCAACCCGUUUGCGAGUGAGCGCGACAACAGGUCGAACUUUUUCGUCAUGCACGAUGAGCGCGAGCUUGGUGGCGCCCACAGGGUUCCUCCUGGGCAGUUUGUGGCGCGCACACCUCGCAUGAGCGCGUCUCCGUCUGUGCGUCCGGGGGGCGGAUUCAAUGCUUUGCACACUCCGCAGAGGCCGGAAGUGCACCGUUCGCUGAGUCGAUCGCGCAGUUUCGACCAGAAGUAUCGUUGA